AUGACGCAUGGGUAUGAGCUUGCACAAGAGGCAAAGUUGGGACGCCGGAGAACAGGCGAGUCGACUGUAGAGGAAGCGAAGGAAUCAGGAGUCGAAUUCGUGUGCUUCUGCCCAUUACGGCUUGCACUGCCAAUCGCGUCGCCAUCUAUAUUGCGCUUCGCGCCGAACUACGGGGUUCUGCAGUUGCUGCUGUGGGCACAAGAGAGUCUGUCGAGCCUUGACAGCCUGAGCUACCACACCGAUGGUGGACUCGAGAUCAUACGAACACAGUCUGGCGAACUGAGUUCUCUUUCGCAUCAGACGUUCAUCAGUGCGGUUCAGGGCGCAUGCAAUACUCGACCAAAAGGCCAAAUGAGCAUUGAGCAGCGAUCUAGGAUCUGCGGUGUGCUGUAUCCGGCGGCGAAGCAGUUUGAUAUUUGGGGGAUGGAAGGGCGAAACGGGGAUCGGGGGAUGUCCCCUUAUUCGUCGACAAGCAACUCGUGCUUUGCUCUACUUUCGUCAGUCGAACAUCCAUUUUGGGCGUCACUUGCUGCUCUCCUUCUUCGAUCGCGAAGCAUCGGACGGAUCGUCGCUCCAUCUGCAUCUGGCAAACUGACGAGGGCGGCGGAGACACCCGAUCGCUGCUCUUCCCACGAGGGACACACGGGAGCGUAA